GCACGAGGCACGAGGGGUCUAAAAUUCGCGCGAAAAACGCGUCGAAGUUCACUCUGUGACCGUUUGGAGGAGAUUUUGAAUUCAACACAAUGCGUACGAUAAUAAUCGACUUUUUUAAUCAGGUUCAAUAACCUCGCGAGGCGGUUCGAAAUUACGUUCGAAACGGUCGUCGCGAACGCGUGUUUUACAAACAACUUUCGAAAAUAUUUACAACGAUCGUUCGGCAACGAGGAAGUCGCGUAUACAACUGCGGAUGCGAGCAGCUCGAAUAAUUCGAGGGAAAAAAUUUGUAUCGCGAUGUUUGAUGAAUUUCGCAUGCAGUACCGCGAGUGCGAUGAUCGGAUGCGUCGUUACAGCCGAAUCAUUAUCCAUCGAACGUCGUUCGACAAAACUCGAAAGAAAAAUUAAAAAAACAAAAUUGACAUACCUAUGUCGUCGCGUCAACGAUGCGUGCUAGCUUUCUACUGACGUUGCUGCUGUCGAGUGCGAUAACGAAGCUAUCGUGCGACGCCUACUCGAGACCACCGCAACUACCAAACGUCAAACCUCGAUUGUCGCAGCGAUUCGUGGAGCUCUACGACAAAAUACCCCAAAUCAAAGAGUACAAUCGCUACAUCGACAAUUAUGGAGCGAUCGAUCUGGGCCGCGGCAGGCCGGAUUUUUUGCCGCCGACUUUCGUCCAGCGCGCGCUGAUCAACGCGACGAGCAGCCUCGACGCUCCGAUCCAUCAGAGCUCGCCGAGUCACGGCGAGAAGGUGCUGCGAGUCGCCCUGGCCGAACUGUACAGCGAGCUGCUGCACCGCAACCUGAGCGCCGAGCGCAACGUCCUUGUGACCUCGAGCGCAGUCGACGCGCUGCGUUUGGCCCUGCUGGCCUACAGCAGCAGCAGCAGCAGCGGCUCCGACGAGUGGAUCGUCCUCGAGCCCUGUCCAGCCGCCUACUCGCGACUCAUCCAGUCGGUCGGCGCCGUGCCCGUUCCCCUGCCCCUGAGGCCGGACCACUUCUGGAGCUUCGAGCCUCGCGAGGCGGCUCGACUGUUCGGUCGCAGGACUCGGGGCGUGCUGCUGGCCAAUCCGUCCGAGGCCUCGGGCAAGGUACUCACCAGACGCGAGCUGCAAUUUCUCGCCGACCUCGCCAGCAAGUGGAACGCCCUGAUGCUGAUCGACGAGUCCCUGGAGUUUCUCGUCUAUCGGCCGGCGCGACACGUGCGCGCGGCCGCCAUACCGAGGAUGUUUCAGCGUACCAUCACCAUCGGCUCGACCGCGGACACGUUCGCCUCGUCGGGCUGGCCCUGCGCCUGGGCUUACGGCCCGACCAGGCUCCUGAACGAUCUCAAAUUGAUACAGUUGCACGUGGCCAGUCCGCCGGCUACACCGAUUCAGAUAGCCAUGGCGAGCGUGAUCGAGCAUCGACGGAUUUUUCGCGCCGACGAUCCGACCUCGUACGUGUCUCGCUACGCGCACGAGCUCCAGCAGAAGCGAGACUUCACCGUGGCUCUGCUGACCGUCGCGGGUAUGCUGCCGGUCGAGCCUCAGGCGGGCCACUGCAUCUUGGCCAAUUGGACGAGUUUGCUGGAGACGAUCGAGCUCGGUGACGCCGACGAGGAUUACCGAAUCACGGAUUGGGAAUUCGCGCGUUGGCUCGCUCAGCGACUCGGCGUCGCUCUCAUGCCUCUGUCCGCGUUCUACAGCGAAAAUAAUCAGCAGAUCGGUCGAGGCUUCGUCAGAUUUUGCUUUGCAAAGAAGCAAAAGACCCUCGAGGAAGCAGCCAAUCGGCUGUUGGAAUUGGUUUAGAAAAUUUUCCAUUUCUGUAAAUCGCGGUAAAACUAU